CUUGGACGAAGCUGGAUCUUCAUUAGGAUAGAAAGAUGUUUGGACAUAAACGGAAAAAAUGGACAACUUACAACGAAUAAUGGGAUACGCGACAGUUCUUCCCCUUUUUUAUCAACCUUAUUCCGAAAUGAAUCUUGCCAUGAUAGCACAGUUUUUAAUAGUGCUAUUCCUCUUGGAGAUAAUAACAACGAGCAUGGCUGCGAUUUUUUUCUCAUCCUCUUUGACUAAAUCCAAAACGAAGCCAAAAUAUCAACCAUCGACUACUAAACAGAAACCACAUAUCAUUAUCAUUCUCGCCGAUGAUCUGGGUUGGAACGAUGUAAGUUUUCACGGAUCGGAUCAAAUCCCCACGCCCAACAUCGACGCCCUUGCAUACAAUGGUAUCAUCUUAAAUAAUCAUUACGUGCCCGCAUUAUGCACACCAAGCAGAUCGGCUUUAAUGACCGGAAAAAAUCCAAUUCAUCUGGGCAUGCAACACUCUGUGCUCUUCCCAACCGAACCACGAGGGCUCCCCUUGAGCGAGAAACUGUUACCUGAAUAUUUGAGAGAAGUAGGAUAUAAAACACACGCUGUGGGAAAAUGGCAUUUAGGAUAUUUUAAGAAAGAGUACACUCCGACUUAUCGUGGAUUUGAUUCACAUUUUGGUUAUUGGAACGGUCUUCAGGAUUAUUACACGCAUAUCACGCAAGAACCUGAUCCGGCGUACAGCGAGUUCAAAGGUUUUGACAUGAGGCGAAAUCUCACAGUGGCAUGGGACACCGUAGGAAAAUAUUCUACAGAUCUGUUUACGAACGAAGCUGUAAGAUUAAUUAAUGAGCACGAUACUGAUCAACCAAUGUUUCUAUACCUGGCUCACUUAGCUCCUCAUAAAGGAAAUGAAGAACAGCUGUUUCGAGCACCCGAUGAAGAGAUUGCCAAAUUUUCAUACAUUCUUGAUCCUGAAAGAAGAAUUCAAGCAGCUGUUGUAUCAAAAUUGGAUCAAAGUGUCGGUGAUGUAAUGGAUGCACUAAGGAAUCGCGGCAUGUUGGAGAACAGUAUAGUACUUUUUAUGAGUGACAAUGGUGCACCAAGCGAGGGUGAAUUGAGUAACAAGGGCAGCAAUUAUCCUCUUCGAGGCAUAAAGAAUAGUCCAUGGGAAGGUGGAACGAGAGGAGUUGCAGCUAUUUGGAGUCCUCUAAUUAAGAAAUCUAAAAGAGUUUCUAAUCAAAUGAUGUUUAUGUCCGAUUGGCUUCCUACACUUCUAUCUGCAGCAGGAGUAGAUAGAAGGCAACUUGAUAACAUCGAUGGAUUUGAUCUCUGGUCAGCCUUGGUGUUGAACAAAAUCAGUUCCAGAUCCGAAGUAGUGCUGAAUAUUGAUGAUCUCAGCGAUUAUGUUGCCUUCAGACGAGGUGAUUUUAAAUACAUUAUCGGUCGAACAGAAACUGGUAGUGCUUGGCUUGGAGCAAGUGGAAAUUCAUCUGAAGGCAUUUCUCCGCAAUACGAUCCUUAUAAAAUAUUGUACAGCAAAACUGGUGUUGCUAUUUCUGGUAUUAUUACUGCUAAACAAGCGAUGGAAUUGAAAGAAAGAAGAAAAAGAAGCGUGGAAAUAUAUGAUACUGCAUUAGAAACUAAUUUUGAAGAAAAGAUACUCAGUGUCGAAAAUAUUUCCGAAUUGCGAAGGAAAGCACAAAUAAAAUGCAACGUCAAAGAGAAAGAUAGAAUCCCUUGUGAACCAAUGAUAGCACCAUGCCUCUUUAACAUAGAAAAAGAUCCUUGCGAAAUGGUGAAUCUUGCCAAAACAAGACCAAUGAUUAUGGCUAUUCUGGAAAGAAUUCUAAUGAAGUACAGAAUAACCGUGAUACCUCCUAGUAAUUUAGAUGGAGAUCCUAGAGCGGAUCCAUCACUUUGGAAUAACACUUGGACCAAUUGGUGCGAAGCUAAUCCAUUAGCACUCUCUUAUACAAAUAUUGAGGAAUUGAAACAGUCUGGUCCAGCAAUUGCAGUGAUGUCCAUUAUUUUUGGCCUUUUCGUUGUUGGUAUAAUAAUGUUAUUCACUUUGAAGUGUGGAAAAGGUAACUCGAACAAUUUAGAAAAUCCUGAAUAUCAGAAUGAUCAUGAAGAAGUUGCAUAUACUACAAACAAUAACGAACAAUCAUUUUCUAUGUAUAGUAUUAUAACAAAUACGAGACAAAGUGAUAUGUCUAAGCAUAAACAAAUAAAUUGACACUUUCGAACGAAAUAUACGAGGAGUAAACCUCUUUUAAUUACUAUAAAAAUUUAUUACAUUAAUCGAAUUCUCAUGCAAAAAUAUCAAUGAUAUCAUAAUAUUUGUUUAUUCAUAUAUUUAUGAAAUGAAACACAUACGAAAUUUUUACCUCGUAUAAUUUCGUUCUUUAUUAUUUUCUUCAUUUCUUUCAAAAUGUGAUCCACACGAUAUACACGAUUAUAUCGUGGAUAGGAUAACAAUGAUAAAAUGAAACAAAUUUCCUAAAAUUAGAAGUACCGCUUGUUAAAUAAGUUUGUUGUACUUCGAAAAAAAAUCAUGAUUCAAUACAUUUGUAAAUAAUUCACAAUCUUAAUUAACAUUUUACAAAAUAUUAAAUAUUAAAUAUUAAAUGAUAAUUGAGUGGAUGUAUGAAAUAAGGGUAGGAGUUAUCAUUUUAUCUUUUUUAUGAACAUCAGUAUUUCAUUCCAUUAUUGCUGAAUAGUGAUACUGAUAAAAUACGAAUUUUUUA